GAGCUCGACGACGCGAGCUCGAUUCCCGGCCACGGCGGCCGCAUUUCGAUAGGGGCGAAGUGUAAGAACGCCCUUGUUACCGUGUGCUUUGAUUUUUGUGCACGUUAAAGAACUUCCGGAGGUAAUAAUUAUUUCUGAGACUCCGCAUUACAGCGUGCCUCAUAAUGAUUUCGUGGUUUUGCAUGGUUUUUGGCAGUUAAAAGCCCCGAAUUUAUUUGAUUGUACUGUGCCUUCACUCGCAAUCGGCAUGGACGAGCUUUAGAUAAUUAUUUCGCUUUUCCAAAUGCUGCAACUUAAUUUACUAGUUGUGCAGGUAACGAAAGAGGACGCGCGCUACUUUUGUGUGCUAGCAGACCGCAUUUAAUGCAAGCCGCGGUCGUCGCGAGCGUCGGAGCGACAGAUCGGAAAGCAGCCGCUCGAGACGUGCGCGUUAUGUUUGUUGUUUGGCCACGCUUUCUAAGUUCACAAUAGCCAAGCUUGCUUUAAGGUAAUUACCACCUUGCACAUUCUUGCUGAUUCACUCUUCCUGCCAAAAAUUUUCGUUUCCUGUAGUAACCGGCCAUCGGUGCAAGCUUACUUUAGCUGUUCGUCCGACGAGGCACUAGAUUUGCUUUGGUGAGGCAGGUAUCUCUAAUGCUCUAAUAGUGCUGUUGGUCCUAAGGUAAUCGCUUGUUAACGUGGUCUGGGUUCAUUUCGCGGAGCAGUCUGUACGAGCCAAUUCUCAUUAGCAGUGAAAAGGCACCUUGCUGAUUAAUGCGAUGAGUUGCAAUGACUCCAACAUCUGCAUUAAAUAAGGCGUGAUUUACACUAAAUAUUUAUUGAAGCAUGAUAUAAAGCAAUAUGCGCCUAUGUAGUACUUAAAUUGUUAAUUUUGAGCAGAUGUGUGUUCUGGCUGUUGUGUUCUAGGAUUUAGUGUACUCUGGGAAGGAAAUUGCUUUAGUGUUCUGGUGAAGCAGCGCACUGACCAGGACAAGGCAGACACACACAUGAAUACAAGACACUCGGUGUGCUUGUGUCUCUCCUCUUUGUACUGGUCAGUGCGCUGCUUCACCAACACGGUAUGAUUAUUAAUCACCAACUCGCCUAACCUCCCACAUUACUGCGUUAGCUUUAUAAUGCAGUUCUCUUCGUGCCAUGCAGUGACGUUAUUGGGACAAGAAAUAGGCAGCACAAGUUACAGGCACUAGCAUCUCAGAAUCGCCAUGUAUUAAAGGCAUGUACAGUUUGCCAAAAACAUCUUAAUCUGUGAUUUGCCUGAACCUAAGCCUGACAGGGUAUAAUGAGCUAUAGGCUAGGCCACGUUGCUAAAGAUGGGAAGAUGGUCUUUCUCUUUAGUAUAGUUCCAUGCCUAUUUGUGUCUAAUACAUGUCUUCUUUCUGUGCUCGCAGUGCUGAUGACACUCCCUGGGAGCCAUCCAAAAGCACACGAAUUUGCAGCACCCAUUUCGUUGGAAACUGCAAGAGUGACCUAAUGGAACAUCCAUCAUACAUCCCUACCAUCUUUCCACCUGUGUACCGAAAGAAGGCACCAGAUCGAGAGAGGGCGGAAAGAUGGGAGCGGCGUCUAACAGACCAGUGGCACUCGCAGCAGUCGUCUCAGCAGUCAGCACCACUAGAACAUGCGCUUUUGGACUGCAGUGACACAGCUCCGGAGCAGCAGCACGACACAUGUGAAAGAGAUUCCACAACGUGCCUUUCUGAAUUGACAGAACUGUCAACAAGCAACCCACUGGAUUUCCCGUCAUCGAGUAGCAUAACAACAGAAGUUCCUGCUGCCAGAGUGACUGAUGUUGGAUGCCAGACAGAAUGUUCUGCUUCAGGCAAGCUGGACCUCCUGCUCUCGGCAACCAAUGGGACUGAAGCAUCAACACAAGUCACGCAUGCUGAACAAAGUGACAAGGUGACUGGCACAGACUAUAACUGGAAAAGAAGAUGCAGCUUUGAGGGCUUCAACUCGGUGAAGGACAAUGAGGAAGCUCUGCGUGACCUGUGCGGCGUUACACUGCCUGUGUUUAGUCUCCUGCUGAACCUUCUCCCUCAUUCGAGGUACAAAAGCACUGAUGUGACGCGUGAGGACAAACUUUGUUUGUUUUUAGCUAAACUUCGGCUUGGUGUGACAUUCAGUGCACUUGCUGCAAUAUUUAGUGUGAGCACCACAACUGCAUCAAAUGUGUUCAGGAGAACACUUGACCUCCUUAGUGUUGCCUUGGAAGACUGGGUGUUUGUGCCUUCACGAGAUGUUAUCAAACUCUCUUUGCCCCUCCCAUUUAAAGAACAUUAUCCUAAUUGUACAUUUAUAAUAGACUGCACUGAAAUUCGAACAGAAAUGCCCUCUAAAGUGGAACAGCAACAUGUAAUGUUUUCUCAUUAUAAAGGGACUUACACACUCAAGUUUUUGGUAGGUAUAAUUCCUAAUGGAAUGAUAGCAUUUAUGUCUAAAAUGUAUGGUGGGCGGCUCACAGACUCUUUUAUUACACAAGACUCUGGAUUUUUAGAGCUUCUAAAGCCUGGAGAUCUAGUGCUAAGUGACAAGGGCUUCCCAAGAAUUAGGACAGAAGUUGAGGGAAAGGGAGCAGUACUGCUGAUGCCACCGUUCAAUACGAAUGGAGGGCAAAUGUCUCAGGAAGACAUGGACAUGACGUAUCAAAUUGCAUCAGUUCGCAUACAUGUGGAGAGGGUAAUUCGAAGGCUGAAGACAUAUCGUAUUCUAAGCAACACAGUGCCCCUGACUUUAGUACCACACAUGAAGAAAAUAGCUGCUGUGUGUGCUGCCCUUGUGAACAUGGAGCCCCCUAUAAUCAAGAAGCAAGAGUGCAACUAGUUGUUUGUUCUGCAGACUACUGUGUUUUACAUGCUGUAUUUGUUCUGGAAAACUGCUUCUAAUACCUCAUUGUGCAAAGCACUUUAUUGUAAGCCUGCCUUUAAAUUCACCUUCUUUGCUUCUAACUGCAUUCAACCAAGAACAUUCAGCUUGGUUUUGAUGUAAGCUCAUGCAACAGCAUCGUUUAAUGUUCGUUUUAACAUGAGAAACCAGUGCUCUUAAAUGUGUGUUCUGUCCUAUUAUGCCAACUGGCAAUUCCUCUAAUGUAGCAUACCCUUUACUUUUAUAUUUUGAGUGUCACUCAUGUUCACAUAACAGAUCUGACAACAACAUACUGUUCAAAAAGGGCUUUAGAAAUUCUUGUAGUUAUAUUUGUCUGACAGAAGAACCCAACAAUCAUUUUAGCACAUUUUAGUGUUUUGGCUCUCUUAGUGGAGGCUCGGUUAGUGUAACAUGCAUUCCAUUCUGUUUGAGUCACUCUGUUUUGUGUUGAAUAGCUUACAUGUUUUCUUUACGAAAUGGAUAGGUAACAUGGCUGAGCAUAGUACCAUGGACCAGUGACUUCAAAAGAAAAGGACAGUUUUAUUGUUUUUGUUGUUGCACAACAAACUUUAUUUACAGUUUCAUACAGGCUGCAUUUGAAUGCUAAUACAAGAGACUGUACGUGUUUAAGCACACUUGACAUAGUGUAGUGGCGAACCUGUGCGUAGCUAUUCGUUGAUUUGUGUAACUUUCUGUUGCAAUGUAGUAACAAGAACAUAAGAACUGCUGGUGUUUCUAUUUGUACUCAUCUUUACAUCACAGUCUUUACGUUACCCGUGCAUGUGACUAGAAGCACUAAGCAUGAAAGCUUUUUGUUGCAAACGAAUUUAUUUUGUUAACUAGCAGCACACCUAUUUAAAAGCAGUAGUAUUUCUUGUAGUUCUGAGUAGUGCUUUACUAGUUGCAGGUGUGACUGCAAAGAUGCUGUCAUUUAAACUGUUGUUACCCGUGUUGAUAGCAUCACUGGUAUUAGUGUUAUUAAUGCAGUUGGGGUGGUAUUGGUAUGAGAUGAUGAUAUGUAGCAAUGGUAAGGGUGCAGGAGUAUUGUACUUUGGUGAGUUAGUUCAUGACUUGAGUAGGAAAAACAGUACAUUCAGAUGAAUGUGAAAAAUGGAAAACAGUGAUAAUAAACAAUUGUCAAGCACCAAUAAUGUUCUGAAUGUACACACAACGUAGGGUUGCUUGCACGAUUAUGCAUAGGGUUGCUUAGGGUUGCUUGGACGAUUAUGCAUGAUUGGCAUUUGGUUGUUGGGGCCAUUUACUUCCCCUUCAUAGCAUAUUGAUGAUGCACUGUUAUUGCUUCUCAAAUAGUAAGCAUGCAACAGACAUUAGAGUGCUACAUAAAAAAUGUUGUGUUAUCACAUUAGUCUCUCUGUUAGAGACACAGAACACUGCAAGCAAUGCAUGCCCAUGAUAUUGGUGCAACAAAAACAAUUCUGGCCUUUUACAUGCCAUAGCAGCAGAUGUAAAUUUGCACCAUCUGGAGUUAUUUAACGUGCACAGUACCUAAUGUUUAGCCGAACAAUGAUAGCUAGCAGAGAGAGUAGGAAAGAAGCAAAAGGUUUACAUAUAGCAAGAAGACAACAUUGAGAAUUUAAUAUACAAAAAUCUUGCAUAACUGAAGGCACAAAAUCAGAAAGUUAAAAUGGAGCAAGGCGCAGUGCCAUGACUAAACCAUAAUUCAAAACAAUGCCGGAAUUAGAAAUUUAAAAUAAAAGUACUCCAUCUUAGGAAUCAGCUUCCACAAGAAUAAUUCGUCUCUCUUUACAUUCACAAUAAUGCUCUGGUUUGGGCUGUACACGUACAGAAGAGCCCGCUGAAGGUUUAGAACGUACAGCUGAACUUCAAUUUGUGUGUAAUAACUGUGUGUCUUCCUUAGCUCAACAAUGUCGUUAAUAAAUGUAAGGUAAGGCAGCUCACAGGUCCUUUGCUCGUAAUUGAGAAAGGGUGCAUUUCUGUACUUGUGUGUGCACUUAAUCUCUAUGAGAACAGUUUCGCCACCGAGAUUUGCAAGUCCGUCGGGGCUGCAGCAUAGCCAUGGUUGUUCUGGCAGAACAAUGAGACCCAUCUAGAGGAGACAAUGUAUGUAAGUUAAUGCAAGUAAUAUUAUAGCUAGCAUAGAUUUUGAAUAUGUGCACUUAGUAAAGUAAUAAAUGAUUGAAACUCAUCAAGAAUGUCACCUGAACUAUGCGUACACCAAGUUUUUGCUCCAGAUUGCGCCUAGCUGUGGCCUCAGUUUUGAUUCCUGCAGAAAAAUUUAUUCAGAUGUGCACAUGUGCAUGCCAAACGGAAUGGUAAAGAAGGCAGGCACAGCACUUUAUUUCUAGUCUUCAUUUUUUCUGCCCAUCUAUUGCACUGUUUGAUUCCAUUCAACAUGCACCAACUGUAGCAGUUAAGCUCACAACUGCAGUACAUGUGCAAUAAGAUUUGCUUCCAUUGUGUCAUAAAUUUUGUUAUUGUCUAAGUUCUGUAAAAAACAUGUGCAUGCAGUGCAACACUUUUGUGCUUAGUAACCUUACCAUAAUGCAUUGCAGCACUUCUGUAAGUGCUGUGCCUUAGUAGCUGCUGGGCUGCACUCGUUAAUCCUUCAUCAUUUUUCUUUGUUAGAAUGCUGUGAGCCUUCGUACUGCUAAUUCGCACUCUUCGUUCCUCAUGCCACCUGUACAUUUCAAAAGUUCCAGAGUCUGUAUUAUUGGAUAGUCAUGAAAUGCGUGAAACGAAUUAAAUAAAAUUGAAGUUACCUUGUGCA